UUUAAAAGCAGUUGAAGCAAGUGAGUCUUGAAAAUUGAGUGUCUAAGUUAACCGUGGAAUCAACUUACCGUUGACCAUCAGUAUCUGGCCCUUAAAAAAGUCCUCUUUCCACCGGACCCAGUAAAUUUUUUCCGGGCUCUGUGGAUCAAAAUCUUUUAUGUCGGUUGUCGGUACAAUCUCCUUGCACCCGUCGUCCACAUACCGCACGUAGGCAAACAUUUUGAAAUGUACUGGAGGAGAAAAUAUAAAUUCAGCGCAGCCUGGUGUCGUUGCUUUCAGGGCUCCCGGGUAACGUUUUUAGAGUCGUGUGCAAAAUCUAGACGCCGCACGAGCACCUGUCCCCAACAGCAAGAAGCGCUCGUGCGCCCCAACAGCAAGAAGCGCUCGUGCUCUAUCCCUGUCCCAAAAUGUCGGUAUUUCGUUCUAAAAUACUGACAUACCGGUAAAUAUGAGAAGAUGAUAUAAUUAGUAGUUUGUAAUGUGGUAACAUGACAGCCAAAGAAUGUAAUUAUGGCCACUUCCUGGACAUUUCUGUGCAAAAACACUGCAAAAAUGGUGAAGACAUUUUUGCAAGACAUGAACAAUGUUUGCAGUGGAGACAGAGUCCUGACUUGAAUCUGAUAUUUGAAGGAGCUAAAGAUCAAAAUACUAAUGACGUACAAGAAGCUGGUCUGCAAUUAUAAAAAAGUUUUCUUAAAAAAAAAAAAAGUUGUGAUUUCACACACUUCUUGGACAUUCUUAACAUAUUCUGGAAGAUCUAUGUUAUUUACAGGCAAAUGUAAAAAUAACGCUUUCAUCAAAUGGUAUUUAUAUGUUUAUGUGCAAGUUGUAUGUGCUUGUGUUAGAAAAAAGGUCAAAAAAACUGAGAAGAGCAAAGAGAGCCAGUUCAAGUGGAGCAAUUUAAUAGGCUUCGAUCAAAGUAGAAACAGUUGCAGGCCUGUAAUAUAAAUAUAAUGCUGUAGCACAUUUUGACCCUUUUUUGUUGUUACUUUUGUGUUUCUUCAUAGAAUUGUUUCUCUAGCCUAUUUGUCUCCAUGGAGAUGUUGACUAAAGGUAGACAAAAAUGACGUUUUAUGGUGAGGUUUCCAAUACAGUUGGGUGAAAAAGUAUGUGAACCUUUUGAAAUUAGUGUGUAAAAUCACAAACAUGAUCUGAACUUUUUCAAAUUCACACAGAUGAAAGUACAGUGUCUUUUUUAACUAAAAACACCCAGACAUUUACAUUUUUUCAAUUUUUAUUGGGGAUUACGUGCAAACAAUGACAGAAGGGGGUGGGAAAAGUAAAUGAACCUUCAGUCUAAGGAGACUGGGCACUGUAUCGAUUCCAGUGUUGUAUAGUAAUGAAGUAAUAAUACUUAAGUACAGUACUUAAGUAUAAUUUGGCAGUACUUGUACUUUACUUGAGUCCUUUUUUUCUUCAUGACUUUUUACUUUUACCCCACUACAUUUCUGAAUAAAAAAAUGUACUUUUACUCCACUACAUUUUCAAGAAGCUACUUAGUUACUGCUACUUUUACUUAAGUACUUUUCUAGCAAGAACUUUGAAAAUCAGCUCCUUCUAAGGAUGAACCACAAAUUUUUUGAAUUGGUGACAUUUUUGUUGACACCUGUACCGGCCUCUGGUGCUGUGAACUUGUCCCAUUGUUCAAACCCAACUCACCAAACUUAUUAUUUAAACCAGAGUCAGUUGACGGCUCGAUGUUCUUGCAGGAAAUCUCAGACUCUACAAAAUUAUUGAAUGUAGAGUAAACGUCAGUUAUGUUGCAUCUCUUUGCACUUUUUUUUUUUUGUUUCCACAUUUUGGCAUUGUUUGCGCAAGUUAUUUGAAUAAACCAAAUAUUUUUGAAAAAACGUUCCUUAAAACAUUUUAUUAAAAUCAUAUUUAUCCAAAAUGAGUGAAAAAAAAAUUGAGAUUUCCUCUUUUGGUCAUCUCACCCAGCCCUAUUCAUUGUGCUAUUCCAGCCAAAUUGUUUGGCUGUAAUUUGCCUCAAUAAAAAAAUAUUAUAUUUUGUACUUUGACUUGGACUUUUACUUUUACUCAGAGUAAAUUUACUUGAGUACUUUUGAUACUUGAGUAGAAAGGUUAUGCUGUACUUUUUUACUUUGACUCAAGUAAAAUUCUCAUGGGAGACUUUGUACUUUGACUCGAGUACUUUUAUACUUCGGUAUGUACUUCCACUCAAGUAGAUUUUUUCAGUACUUUAUACAACACUGAUCGAUUCUCAAUGAUCAAAUGUUGACCUAAUGACUAAAUAGAGUCCUCCAAAUUUACUCUCAGUUGUGCAAUGAUGGUCCUUAAGGUCUUUCAUUGAAACCAAUGGAAACUAAUGCAAAAACUAAAACACUAUGGUGCUGCUAAACCUACAGCUGUACAAGGGAAGGGAAGGGAGCAGCCCAGAGGUCCAGGAUGACUCUGGAUGAACUACAGAGAUCCACAGCUCAGGAGGAGGAAUCUGUGCAUCGGUCAACUUUUAGUCAUCACUGCCCAAAUCUAACUUUUAUGAUAGAGAGGUGAAAAGUUCUAUUUUGUGUAAUUUGAGCAAAGCAGCUUCUCUUACAUCAUUUGUCCUGUCCCAUAUGUGACCUCUGGAAAAUGUUGUUGUAUUUUUUUACUCAAGGUCUUUGUUUUUGAUAUAUAACCUGCACAUUUGACUAAUGGGGUAAUAACUUUCUCACACUGUAUUUCUUCCUUUAAGGAUGCCUAAACGAAAGUACAAACUGUACUUGGAGCCUGACAACAAAGUACAGGUGCCUGAAAGAGCAAAAAAAAAGCCAAAUCCUGUCCAAAAUGAAGAGUCCAUCGCUGGAGAGGACGGCCAGGCCCCGAUGACAGACAGCGAUGAUGAUGUUCCUGUCCAAAAUGAAGAGUCCAUCGCUGGAGAGGACGGCCAGGCCCCGAUGACAGACAGCGAUGAUGAUGUUCCUGUCCAAAAUGAAGAGUCCAUCGCUGGAGAGGACGGCCAGGCCCCGAUGACAGACAGCGAUGAUGAUGUUCCUGACUCUCUUCCUGAAGAUAACCACACAUCGUCUUUUAACAGUGAGGAUGAAUCGUUACUGGAUACCUUCUCUGAGGCUUCUGUGGAUACUGACCCCUUCAGGCCAAGAAUACGUGAUCAAGACAUGGACACUGUCAUUUCACCAGCUGGGACAACAAAAGCAGAGGCAUUGCUCAUGGUGAUGAGCCAUGCUGCAAAACACAACAUCACUGGAACUCAACUUGAGGAUUUGCUGACACUCAUAAAUACACUAUUUGGAAAGGAAAUUUUGCCAAGAUCAAAAUACUUGUUCAACAAAUGUUUUAAAAAUAAUUCAGAUUUGGUUAAUUUCCACUACUAUUGCAAGUCCUGCAAGAUAUAUCUGGGUAUGCAAAAAGACAUACAUGGUGUAUUGUUAUGCCCCAACUGUGAAUCGCCAAUUGAAAUUAGUACACUCAACAAUGCAAGUUUUUUUAUUGAUAUUCCAAUCGCCCCUCAAAUCAGAACUCAACUUGAAAGUCCUGAAAUUCAAAUGAACCUAAAUUACAGACAUGAAAGGUCACAAGAACAUGAGGUUAUUGCAGACAUUUAUGAUGGUGAAAUGUACAAAAAAAUGUCAAAACCUCACAGAAUUUUGUCAAAUCCAAACAAUUUCUCUUUUAAUUUUAACUCGGAUGGGAGCCCUGUUUUCAAAUCUUCAAAAUUUUCAAUUUGGCCUAUCCAGUUACAUCUCAAUGAGCUGCCUCCCAAAAUACGGUUUAAAAAUGUUAUUCUUGCAGGCCUCUGGUUUGGUGCCCAUGAGCCAGUCAUGCCCAUUUUUCUCAAACCCUUUGUUGAACAGGCAAAUACAUUAGCCAGUACGGGAGUGGUUUGGGAUAAAAAUGGUGACCGUCAAAACAGCAAAGUGAUUGGAUUGUGUUGUUGUGUCGACUCUAAGGCAAGACCUGCCAUGCAAAACACAACUCAGUUUAAUGGAUAUUUUGGAUGUGGUUUUUGCUUACACCCAGGCACAUUAGUGGAGAAGCAGGUGAAGUACACAGUAACUGCCGAAUACCCUGAACGAGAGAGCAAAGACAUGUUGGCUGACAUGGAAAUGGCUGUUGAACAACACAAAAGUGUCAGGGGAGUGAAGGGUCCGUCACCUCUCAUCAACAUGCCGUACUUUGAUAUCGUAUGGGGUUUUAUCCCUGACUACAUGCAUGCAGUGUUGCUUGGUGUUGUUCGACAGCUUACUGAGCUCUUUUUGCACUCCUCCAAUCAACCUUAUUACAUUGGAAGCCCUACUACUAUGCAGGUACUCAACAAAAGAAUGAGCUGCAUAAAACCCCCUCACCUGAUAACACGACUGCCCAGACCUCUUUCAGAGUGCAGGCAUUGGAAAGCAUCAGAGUGGCGUGCUUGGCUACUCUUUUAUUGCCUGCCAGUGCUGAAUGGUGUGCUUCAACAACGCUACUUUAGACACCUAAGCCUCCUUGUUUCAAGUGUUUUCAUUCUCUUGAAGGAACAAAUCACAUUUGAUGAAAUCAACAAAGCCGAUGAAAUGCUCUUUGAGUUUGUUGCAAGAGUACAGUUAAUUUAUGGUGAAGCACAGAUGACCUCAAACGUCCAUCUUUUAACUCAUCUUUGCAAAUCUGUGAAAUUAUGGGGACCCCUCUGGGCGCACUCUGCAUUUGUCUUCGAAAACGCCAAUGGAUGCCUUUUAAAACUUGUGCAUGGCACAAAAUCAAUUGCCAUGCAGGUAGCCACUAAGUUUCUUCUUUUCAAGUCGAUACCGAUUCUCACUACACACUUUGCAGUCAGUGACAAUGUGAAGAAGUUUUGCCUUGUAGAUGGAAGGCUUAAAGGUGCAAAAAGCUAUCCAGAUUGCACAGUGCUAGAUAACGGCAGAGUGAUGAAAACAACAGAGGAGGAGAAGACUGCAUUUUCUGCUGCACAGAGAGAGCCACCACAGGAGCUUGAUAUACAUAAGAGAAUGGUGCAUCGAGGACUGGUUUUCACCAGUGCAAACUACAGUAGAAGUAAGAGGCGGAAAGACUGUUAUGUCAAGUUGACUAAUGGUACAUACGGUGAGAUACAGAGUAUAGUGUCUACAGAUGUGGUCCCUGAAGUAUAUGUUUUGUUGAAGAAACUUGACACAGGGGCUGUCUUUUCAUUAUGGCAAGACUAUGGAUUUGUGUCCCACAUCAGACGAGUGCACCGAACUGAUUCUUCUUUAUGCCUUGUGUCUGUGAAAGACUUGGUAGAGAAAUGCAUUGUGUUGAAAAUAGGUGAGGAAACAUACAUAUGUGAUUUUCCCAAUGCAUAUGAGAGGGACUGAUUUGUUUUCCCUUAAAGCCAGACUCUGCACCCAAAAUGAGUCAUUUGUCAAUGUACACUUUAUUUAUCUAGAUUUUGGAACCUCAUCAUCCCUCAAAUAUGGAAAAUAUGUCAUCCAUAUUUGAGAUAUCUUAAGACUUCAAGUGAUCUUAAUGUGUAUUUUCAGAAAGUUAUUUCAGUUGUGUUUAACAAAUAAAAUGUGAAGCUAUUUUUC